GGCUGCACCCCCACGUCUAGGGGGAGGAGCGGCGGCCGCCUCACCUGGGGUCGAUUUAAAGGCACCUGUGAAGUAAUGGAGUUUUUCCUGUGGGACGGCAGCUGGAGACGGUAUGACAGCACACCCAGACAGUGCGCUGCCCAGUCCGCUCGAGAUGAGUGGUCGGUCCAUUCCCUCAUGGCCUAGUCUCACAGAGAUGUCUUUGGACACCGUGCUCAACCUGAGUAGUCCCCACAUGUGUGUCCCAGAACCCUGGCUUCUCCCCGGCUGUAGCUCCAUGUACGACAGCUUGGUCAGUAACUUGGAGACGAGCUCGCCUCUCUCUGCUGUGACCACAGAUGACGCGAAUGGUGCUUUUGUCCAGAAGCCUCGCAGGUCUUCAAUCCUGGAGCGCUGCAUACUGCGACUGUCCACCUCCAGUGUCGCUGUGGGGACGGAAGACAUGGACGGUAUAAGGAGAUCCCAGUCUGAGACGCGCUGGUGGUAUCGACCUCUGGAUCCUUCCAGGUGUGAGACCAACGAGUCUGUCUUGAAGCGCCGACAGAAGCAGAUUCAUUAUGGAAAGAACACAGCUGGUUACCAGAACUACCUGCGGCAGGUCCCCAAGUGUUUCCGCAUCCCUGGACUGCACCCCCGCACACCUAACAAAUAUCGCAAAUAUAGCCGGCGUUCCUGGGACAUGCAGAUACGCCUAUGGAGACGAGCACUUCAUGAAUGGGACCCCCCCUCUGAUGCACCCUGUCCUGAUGCUUUGCCAGAGGUGGGAGCAGAGAAGCAAGAUCCAGUGGACCAAAUGGGAGAUCUGCUGGAUAAAAUUGGUGCUGAGCUGUGUGAGGGAAGAGAACGGGAAGCAUCAGAGAACAUUGAGGAUCUGUCCAUGCUACAGUCCUCUCCUCCAGCCCAAAUUUCUCCAGACAGUUCUUGGGUCUCUAUGCAGGCCAACACUACUGUGUUCCAGUCUUCACCCCCCCAGCCCAGCUUGGCUUACUCUUUCAGCUCUCGGCUUUCAGCUGAAGAGAACGUGCUGGGUUGGCUGCGCUUCCUCAUGGAGAAUGACCGUACCCAGUGCACUCGGGCAGAGCGGCCCACUUGUGGUGACCAGCUGCCAUGGAGACUGUAGUGAGCAGGGCAUCGAGUCACUGUUCCUUUACUAUAAGCUACGAAGGAUUUGUUUCUCUUAACGUGUUUGUUUUGCAUGGAUAUGCGCACAUCUUGGUUCUGCACGCAAUGGACAUACCAUGUCCUACAUGGUUGGUUUAGGGCUUGUUGGAGUUUGAAGCCAGUCUCAUCCACUGCUGCACUAUAUCAACCGGCAUUUUAAAGUUCUCCAUCCACUUGGCUGGCUACAUGCGAUGCUCACUUCGUUCUGUCAUUUGAUGCCUUUCCAGUUCAGUGUGACUCCUACGCUCCUGGUCUCCAGUGACUGCAUAGAUCACACUUUGGCUUGAUAAACUGUUUCAUCCAUUCUCA